AUGCUCCUAGAUAUUUUUGAUGAAAACCUCCACCCCCUUACGGUAAAUAUCAUCUGCCUCAUUCUUUCAUUUGUUUCUUCUUGAGGUGCAUUCUACCCACCCCUGUUAGUUGCUUCAAAGCCAUGGACUGUAGUUUGCUCACCUUUUAAAUAAUGCUGUUCCUGCAGAAAUCCGAAGUGCCGCCAGAUUAUGACAAACAUGACCCAGAGCAGAAGCAGAUUUACCGCUUUGUGCGGACGCUGUUCAGCGCCGCUCAGCUGACUGCUGAAUGUGCCAUUGUCACCCUG